UUUCUGCAGGAUCCACUUUAGGCGGUGAAGAUGCAUAUUUCUCAAACAAUUUUUUCAAAUCCAUUAUAAACAAUUAAAUUUUAAGUAAUUAACCUACGCUCUUUGUACUGAUAAUUUCUGAAAAGCUUGAACUAGAAAAUGUUUUCGUUAAUAUUAAAUAGUACAUCUUACGCUUCCAAUGACGAUAAAUGAAAAAUAAUAACAUUUAUAAUUUCGAUUUAACAUCCGUGAAGAAACGACAACAAAGUGUUUUUUUUUUUUGGACAACAGAAGGUUGCAAACAUACGAGACUGGAAGUUAUUGAGGUGGAAAAUAUGGACCAUUACACUUGCGUUAUUUAGCUGAAACACUGACACAGAUUCACUGUUCUGCUUUAAAUAUCCUGCGACUUAUUAACAGAGAACAUUUUAAUUUUAGUGUAAGUUGUAUAAAGUUUAAAUGAUCUUUUAAAACAAAACAUUAGUGUAAGAUGUUGUGUUUCUGGCCCUGUAUUGAGACAGUUAACUUACGCCAUGUUGCUUUGUUUGUUAUUAACGGCCGCCAAGUGUAUAUUGUGAAAGUUUUUUUUAAAUAAAAAUAAACACGUGUGUUUGCAUCUUAUUGUAUAGAUAAACAGACACUUGCAAUGUACUUUUGAUUAAUUAGUCAUGAUGGCAACUAUUUCAGUGAUAUUUCUAAUGCAAAUGUUUUCGUGUAGUACUUAGUAUUCUUUAGGGGACAGUGUCCACAAUAUAAUUUACAUUGAAUUUAAUUGAAUUAAUAUUACAUUUGGGCGUCCACCGAAAGCAUAUUUUACGGUUAUACAGAUGUUUACGUGUGCAAUAUAAUUUAAAACUGACUAAUGUUUUACAGAAGUGAUGAUCGUUAGAAACAUGACACCAAGCUGACUCAGAAAUUUAGGCCACCGUCGGAUUUGGUGCAUUCUUGCUGUUAUCGGAAAGGAUUGAACAGUCCAGAAAUCCAAGAUGGAUGACGGUGAUUGGGGAGGCGCAGAGAACGAUGCAUUGUUUGAUACCAUGCUGAAGUCGAUUCUGAAGCCUCCCUCGGAUCUUCAGAAAAACUGGGAUGUCAACCUGAUUAAGCUGUGCGACAGGUUCCUGCGGAAGAUUGGACGCGCGAUGCAGGAGGGCUGCUCCUACGUGGACUUCGUGGAGGCGGCCAUGGUGGUACAGUCCUCCGCUGCCGUCUACGCCAGGAAGGUGGACUACCUGUGGGUGCUGCUGGAGAAGCUGCUCAUCACCUUCCGAUCCAAUCCGACAGAGGAGCAAGAGCCAGGUCCUGUGGGCCAGGAGGGCCCCAGAAGGGUUCGCCGUACUGCUCGUAUGCUGGAAGGGGAGGACUACAGCGAUGUGCGGCUCAAAUUGCCAGACUCCAGGACUAUAGACAUGAAGCCAAUCAGGGAGGACAGCUUGGAAGAGUUUGAGGAGGCGGACUUCUUCAUCCAGGACCUCAUGAAUAACAGAGAAACUGGGCCGUCGAUGCCCCUCUUCGAUGUGCACGAUGACAUGAUUGGCAACCUGCACGACUUCAGGAUGAACCGGCGGCUAGUGGACGGCAUGUGGCUAGCAGAUGCUCUGCCUGUCUUUGAGUUUCAAGGUCAGCAGAGUCGCUCUUCUGUGUCAGGCUGCCAAAGACUUGAAGAGGCGGAGGAGCAAGAGUGGCCAGCGCCCGUGGAUGAGCCUGCCUCUUGUGAACCGACUCUUGAGACACUGGGAGGAGCUGCAGAAGCAGAGGACAGGCCUUCCACUCCUGACCAGCGUCCACCAACCCCUUCGCCCCCGCCACAGUCUCCCCCACCGGCGACGCCCCCACCUCCUUCCCCUGGACAGGGCUCUGACGUCGAGAUCUCCCGCGCCGCUCCGGUUCGAUCUGACGCUCGUCUGAAACUGGUGGACGCAGUUGUGGCCUCGGAGGAGCUGACCAAGCGUUGCAAGGCGGACAUUCCCGACAAGCCGCUGGUGGUUAACGUGUGCACCCGUCCCGAGUGCGUCUUUUGCGGGGAGAGGCACGAGAAGAAAGGCAAGAAGGAGUGCUGCAAGUCGGAGGCGGAGAUAGAGUGCUGCCUGAGCGGCAUAGAGGCCAUGCUGCUGGACGACGUGAUCAAGCCGGAGCUCACCAAGCUGGGGGGGUUCCAGUUCAGCCGGGACUGCCUGCUGGGGCUCCGCAAGUCGCAGCUACGCGCCAUCCAAGAGCCGGCGUGCCUCGCCGACUGGACCAGCUGUACCUUGAAUGAUGUAAAGAUGAUGUUUGAAGAGGAAGAAGAAGAUGAUGAUGAAGAAGGAGACUUCCGGGGAUUCGACCUAAAAUUGAAUGAAGUUCUUCAGCUGGAUGCUUUGCAAGCGCUGCAGCAAAGUGCUGAAGAAGGGAACGACAUAGACCCGGAGGAUGCGGGCGGCAGCCAACACGAGGAUGAGUUCCCGGCGUCGCAAGGAGAGGUGCCUCUGCCGGUGGACAUUUCGCUAGGGCAAGAUGUCAUCAGUGCUCAGCUUGCCGGGCCAUCUCCAGAACCUGAGACCCAGCCCAUUCCCAUUCUGUGGCAGCCGGACUCUAUCAACGAUGCGGACGAGGUGGAGGCCCGAGCUGCCCGUGUGAUGGCCUGGCACGACAGCCUGCGGCCCUUGCUGGUUGGGGCGGAGGGCCGGAGCCACGUGGACAUACACGAGUACGGCUCCCGCCUGCUCGCGGCAUUUCCCUCUGGCCCCCAUACCCCCCGCACACUCUCCUUGCAGCAGGCGCUGAGGGCAGAGCCACGGGAAGACACCUGCCGCUACUUCCUGGCCGCGCUCAUGCUCGCGAACACUCGCAACGUGGAGAUAUCCAAGAGCAAUGACUCGCCGCUGGCGAUGGACUGCGUGGAACUGACCCUGCUGGAUAGGUCUCGACGCCACGAGCUCAUGGAGGAGGAGUGUGCCUCCAUCACGACCAGCGACAGGAGUCGCAAGCGUAAGAAAGUGGCUGGCCAAAUGGGGAGGUCACAGAGCACUCUGGUGGAACAACCCCUGAGGGAGUCCCCGAACCGCAUCAACAUAAUGUCGCGGGGCUCAGCCGGCUGGGGCCGGGCCCCGCUGGCCCCGGGUGCCUCUCGCCUCUCCGCCAAGUGCCCCGGCGACCCGCAGCCCGGCCCGAGCUGGGCAGGCGACGCCAACGACUGGGCGAGCGACAUCAGUGACGGCGUGGACCUGAGUGAUGUUCGGACGCUCGGCGCAAACACCAGCAAACGGAGGAAAUUGUAGCGUUUGUGGUACGGGGGGAGGGAUCGCUGUUAGUUGGACGUAGUGUGGUUUUCCUGGACUUGGGGGUGAUUUCAUCGGUGGGACAGCUAGCCUAUUUAUUGAUAAACUAGAGUUUCUAUUUACUGUACUUUGAUCAUUUCCUUUCGUACCGUAUUCACAAAGUCAGCCUUAGUCAUGUCUUCAUGUACUUUUAUUCUUUAUGUGCAAUUUAUUACCGUUUUUAAUUACUUAUUUUUAGAUUUUUAAAAUUUUCAGUUUUAUAUUCUUGCCUCUUCUGUCUUAUGUAUAAAUAAUAAAGUUCUACAGUAGAAAGCAUAAUGAUAAGAAGAUAAUCAUUAUCAUUUGUACAAAGUCUUGCAGUUUUAUGCAUGUUUUUUUGCAUCUUUUCUUCACUUUUUUACUGAAAUAAAUCUACAUGAGAGUUCUUACUACAUUAAUUUGACAUUUUGAAGUGUCACCUCAGUGAUUCCAGUAAUUUUGUAAUUUGAACAGAAAUAGUAAUCAAAUCAUUAAUGGUAUUGACUUGUCUUUUAAUAAUUUUAUUUUUUGAUGUGCAAGUCUUUUUUAUUGUAUACUGUUUUAAGUUUACUGUAAGUAAACUGGAAUUUAUUUGUAAUUGAUCUUUGGCGAUGUCAUAAAACAAGUAAAUAAGUAUAUUUUGCAAAUAAAUAUCUAUCUACCCGUAUUUGAAAGCCAAAUUUAGAAAUUUUCGUUUUAUCUGUUGAAAGACAUGUUAAAUGUUGUAUGAUGUAGUCACAGAUGAAUGGGGGGAGUUUCUACAAUGCUCCACAGUGUGGAAUGUUCUGCAGGCAGGAACCUGUAGCUGUUAGGAUUGUGGAGGUGUUAACCAACAUCCGAGUCGUAAAUUGGCACCAACUAAGCUCGUGUACUUAGGCCAGACAGAGUCAUCAUUAAGAUGAUCAAAUAAUUGUUGUGUAGUUUUCAAGUUUGCUCAAGUGAUUAGAAAUUGUGACUCAUAAAUUUAGUAAAACAUGAACUCUGUGUUUCAUAGAUACAUUUGUCGAACAGAAGCAGCCAUAUUUAGUUAUGAUUACUGAUGCACAGUGGUGUGUGUUCACAUCAUAAGCUGUACCUUUCUAUUAAUUUUUUGCAAGUCUCUGAGAAAUUGUAUUCCAAUAUUACAUGCAAGUUCAACCGUUAUGCUGCUAGUACAGUUUCCAAAUCAUAAACAAGUUUUGUCCAAUCAAGCUAUAUGAAGCAUUCACUUUGUAGAUAUUAAUUCUUGCUAUGACUGGUUUGCCAGCAAAAAUUUUAGCUUGUUGAGGUUAUAUUUUCAAAAACAGGUUACCACUAGAGUGUUCAGAAAUUACCAGGACAAUGAUUUUUUUUUUUUUCCUGAAAUUUUAAUUUUGAGUUUUGUAAUCAACAAAAACAUUGUCUAAAUUAGAACUUCACAUUUAAUAAAAAAAAAUUAUUAAAUGGCUAUUUGUUUUUGAGUGUGUUUGAUGUCAGUCUCAUUUUAAAGUUGUGGGUUUUUGAAAAGGUGUUUGUGUGUGUGUUCUUUUCUGUUAAUGUGUUAGUGCUUGGAAAUCUUCCAAAUGUUAGCUGGCUCUACUCUCAAACCUUAAAACUUUAAAUUUAUAAAUUAAUUUUUAUACCUGUUUUUGUACAACGUUCUAAAAUAUGUAUUCAAAUUUACCUAGUAGUAAAUUAUUACUUUGUGAUUUUUUUUAUUAUUUUAUUUUUAUUUUUAAUUAUUGACAUAAAACAGAAUUAUGAAUGUUUACUGUUCAUGAUGAUGAUGAUAAGCCCUGGCCUGUAUACUGUCAAUAUGAUCUAGUGCUGUUUUGCUCUGUAGUUAUAGUAGUAAUAAUGAUGCUGUGGUUAAUGCUAUUGAAUUUUUUUUGCAUGUAUUUGAAGUAUUUAGCAGAUUAUUAAAUGUAUUUUAAUGUUACUCUGGCUGAGGUUAGGGGAAAUGAGGUUUCACUAUAAUUUCUUCUUUAAAAAGUUUAAUUUAUUCACAAAACACUGAACUUAAAAAAGGUUUGGAGUGGGGUGCAGUAUGAAGUGCAUGUAUGGAAUUGUCACAUGCCAUGGGUAAUUUUUAAUAUAUUUUAAAUUCAUGUUUUGUGGACCAAGUAUUUUUUAAUAUCAUAGUGGUACUGCAGUUGGGAAAUGUAAAGAAAUUGAUUUGUUUUUAAAAUAAUUUCUUCUCUUUAGUACAUAAAUACCCAAAGACAGUACUUAAGUUUAGAAAUUUUUAAUAUAAUUGAAGAUGAAAAGCAACAUGGCAACUGUAGUAAAUAUGCUUAAAUCCUGCCAAAACUCUUUUUGAUGCAUGUAUGACAAAAUAUGCAAAGUUCACUGCAUAGAUUAUUGUUGACUUACUUAUUUUUUUUUAAAGCAAAUUUUGCUUUUAUCACAUGCUUGAUAAAAAAAACCUUAUAAUUUGACUGAGAAGAAGAACAAAACAAUUUAUGAGGUACAAGUAUAGGUAAAUUUGAUAAUACCUAUUAGUAAAUACCUGACAAAUAUGAGGUUAUUUUUUUCUUAAAAUUGUGUUCUUUACAAAAUGCACAACAAAUAUGAGUUAAUUUUAUAUAUUUUUUUGCAUUUUUUAUGGCCUAGAAGUUUUAAAACAAACUUAAAUCAAUAUUUAUUGUGUGUAAAUAGGUUCAUAGAAAUUCUAUUUCAUAAAUGUCUUAUCUUACUGCAUUUAAUACUUAAGUGCAGAAAAAUCCUUAAUGUAAAAUGUUAAAUUUAGACAUUAAAAGACAGCAUAAUGAACACUUCAACACAAAACUGGCUUCUUUCUGAUUAGCAGUACUGAGGAGAACUUUUCUGGUGCCUCUUUCAUCAGUAGGAGUGAUUGACACGGCUUCUUUUAAACAUGAAGUGUCAGCUAUAAAUAAAAUAAAUUGAGUUUUGCUACUGCAGAAAAAAAACCAUUUGUAAAAAAAAAACAAAAAUAAUGCAGCGACAGACUGGUUGCAUGGUUGGGGGGGGGGGGGGGGGUCGACCUUCGCUGACUGUCAAAGGAAAGCAAGGAGGAAGGGAGGGACUCUGUCACAUCCCCAUUUGCGAUCUUUUGUUCUCUCCCUCUCUCCCCAUUCCCCCUUGUUUUGCAAAGUGUUAUCUUGUUUCAUCUUUCAUACUCAUGCCAAUUCAGGAUGCAAUCAAAAGUGACAUAAGUGAUGCAGUUUAGAGGCAGAGUGUAGUUUUUCAACUAAUAUUUUCCUGUAGCUGACAGCAAUCUGAAAGGCUUGAAGUUCCAGCAGAAGUACAAAACUAUUGCACAAUUGGGAAUGUAGAGGUAAGAUUAAAAUGUUUAAAUAUACAAAAAAUUUAGUAGAACCCCUUUUUUUUUCAUAAUUAAAUUUACAAUUUUUAUCCUAUGCAUUUUUUCCUACAAUCCACAGUUUUUGAGAUACUUUUGACGAGAAAGCCUUGAAAUGUAACAUUCGUGAAAUGAGAGUCUAUGUUUGUAGGAAUUUGUGUAAAAGAUGAAAAUAUUAAAAAAUCGCGUUUCAACUUCAAAGCAUCAGAGAUCUAUUUAUUUUUUGAGUAUAUCGUGAUUGCAAAUUUUGAAGGUCUUUUCCAAUUAGUACAAAUGAAAAAAGGUCCAUGCAAUUACACAGAAAAUGGAGGGGGGAGGACUAAAAAUUUGGUCACAUGGUAGUUCUAUUAUGAGUUAAGUGCAUGCCAGUUAAUUUGAACAUUUUGGAAAUGACUUAAUAGCAAUCAUUUGUGUCAACUGGUGUACAUACCGUAUUUACCUGAAUAUAAGGCAAUGACUUUCAUCAAAACUGUUAAAACUAAUGUGGAGGUUGCAUUAUAAUCACAAAACUUUAUCUUGCCAUUGGGAACAGCUUAGAUAAAAAUCUACAUGCUCUGCCUGUAACCUACAUCACUUGUGUCACUUUAGUCCGAGGCUACCUGAACCACUGCACAGGCAUGGCAGAUGAGAGAGGAUAACACUUAGAAUGUGGAUAAGGGUGAGGGUGCAAUGGGAGUUGGUUGUUUUAGGCUUCCUUUAACUUCUCUUCUCUGUGACUACUGGCGAAGAUAUCCCCUCUCCCUCAUUCACCAUCCCAGGCUACCAUGGCAUUCUUUGCUCUCUGAAAUACUGCUUUUGAACUACCCAUGCUGUCAUAAAACACAAUUUUUACAUGAAUUUCUGUCGUGUUUUUAAUUUCCGACAUGCCUUUAAACUUGAGCAGGGUGUCACUUCGGCUUAGGAUUCGACAUUGCUUAAAACUCGUAAACUAUGAAAGCUACAGAGUUGCAGUAAAUAUAUCUGAGUAGUAGGUACAAACUUUGCUCAUGGUCGUUACGUAUGACUCUCCCGGUUAGCAUUUGCAGUGAUGACGUAAUGAGCGUUGAUGGGGAGCGUUGAAUUGGAAGUCAGUGAGAGCUGCAACUCCAAAAGUAAUUGACUGAUUUGUGUGAGUGCAUUGAGUGGUGCUAGUUGAGUGGAAUAACUAUAAUGUUACUAUGGUUUUGGAGCCUUUAAUCUCAAAGUCCCUAAGUAAAAACUGGUUAUAUUGAAGGGGAAAAAAAGAAGAGUGAAAUUGCCUGAGAAGAAGCAAUUAAAAACAUAGAGAAGUUCAUAGGUAUCAGAUGAGGCAAAAAGUAGCAGAGAAAAAUGAGCCAGUGGAGCAAAACAAGCCCUCGAACGAGGUGCAAAAUUUGAGCUCGAGUGAGCCUCUGCUGUCUACCUCGUGAGAAGCAACAGGAAUGCCGAAAAUUGUUCGCUGAUGAUUGUGAUGUCAGUUGAGUCAGUUGAGCGAAUAAUUGUGAACAAUGAGCAGAGUUGGUUGAUUUUUGGUGUCACAGUUUUUCUGACGUGGCUGCCUGACUGCCAAGUAAGACAUUCAUCAAAUUCAUGUCAAGAAAUAAAGCAACAUCAAUUUUUUUUUAAAUUAUUUUAUUUAUUUUAUACAAAACAUUGCCGUUCAGCGCGAUGGAAAUUCAUGAAACAAACCCCUGGCAUCUAUCUGUAGUUUAAAAUACAGCCUACCCAGAAAUUUUUUUCUUGUAACUGCUGCUUGGUGUUUAAAAAAAAAGCCAUGUAAAUCACUCUACUGACAAAAGUGGUAUAUGAAAAGGUUUAGUAAGUGUAGAAUAAAUUUACUAAUUUAAUUAAUUUUCAAGUGCUAUGUACUGCAAUGGUAAUUUCCACUCCAUAAAGUCUUUUUCUUGAGCUCAAAAUAAAAAAUCUUGAGGUCAACAUUUUUUCGGAUAAAUACAGUAAUUAAAUUUAAACUAGUGAUGAAUCAAAUCUGAAUUUUCUUAAAUCAUGUACACCAAAUCCAAGACUUGGACUGGUGUCUUGGGUCAAAAAUGAAAUUAUUUUCAAUAAAUAAAAGAUAUUACAAUGGCCUGAAAACAUUAACUAUUUAAAUGUUUGUUUCAUUAACUAAUUUUCCAGAAUUAUUACAUAUUGUAAUUUUAUUAAUAUUACACAACACAUGUAUUGGGGAGCAAUAAUAGGACUUUAAAGUUUUCACUUUUUUAUUUUUUUUUAAUUCACUACAUUUCCUGCAGUAGUUUUAUUAAAAUCUUUUGAAUACUAAAGAUUUGAUGGGAUUUGAAGUUUUGAUUGCCCAUCCUUAAUUUCAAUGAAGCCUGUCUGACCAUAUCCAAACUGACAAUACAUUAGGACAGCUAGUUUCACAUUUGGAUGCCUUGUUGACUGAAAAGAACACUAGCAAGAAUUCUAAAUUGUUCAGGUUGGCUGGAGUAUACUUUGUAAUAGUUUGCACUAAAUUACACUAUAUUAGUAGAACUAGACUUUUUUUUUUUAAGUUUUUAUUUAGUUUUUGUAUUUGUUUAAGUUUAAACUCAUGCUGCCUCUCUAUGAUUUAAAUGAGUCAGGAUCUUUCUCACUCCAGUUCCAAAAAGCCAUGAGGUUUCAUAGUUUUUUUUAAGGGAAUACUAUAUUGUGUAAGAUACGGGUAAGGAAGGUACAGUUUGUGUUUGGACUCCGUCACACUUUAAACUGUCAAUAUUUUAAAGUUUUUUUAUACUUUUAUUAAAAAUACAUGUACACUGGUAUGUAUUUCUGUAUAAUUUGUCUUGAGCAAUUGUAGUGUGCGUAAUACUGUUGAUUUUAAUUUCAGCAUGUGUGCAAAUGGCACAUUUUAAAAUUAUUAUUAUACAUACCUAAUUCUAGCUGUUCUUGGACAUUCAUUGUGACGAGCUUGUAAAUUUAUUUUUGUACAUAAUAUUUGUAAAGUAAAUUAUGGGAAUUUUAAAACGUGGAA